AUGGGCCUGAUCUGGCUUCUGCUGCUCAGCUUGCUGGAACCCGGCUGGCCAGCUACGGGGCCCGAGACGCGACUGCGACGCGAUGCGGGCGGCCGCGGCGGCGUUUACGAGCACCUCGGCGGGGCGCCCCGGCGCCGCAAGCUCUACUGCGCUACCAAGUACCACCUCCAGCUGCACCCGAGCGGCCGCGUGAACGGCAGCCUAGAGAACAGCGCCUAUAGCAUCCUGGAGAUUACUGCUGUGGAAGUGGGCGUGGUGGCCAUCAAAGGGCUCUUCUCUGGGCGGUACCUGGCCAUGAACAAGAGAGGACGGCUGUAUGCUUCGGAGCACUACAACGCAGAGUGUGAGUUUGUGGAACGGAUCCAUGAACUAGGCUACAACACGUAUGCUUCCCGCCUGUACCGCACAGGGCCCAGCGGGCCAGGCGCUCGACGGCAGCCUGGUGCCCAGAGACCUUGGUACGUGUCCGUGAAUGGCAAGGGUCGGCCACGCAGGGGCUUCAAGACCCGCCGCACACAGAAGUCCUCUCUCUUCCUGCCCCGAGUGCUGGGCCACAAGGACCAUGAGAUGGUGCGGCUGCUGCAGAGUGGUCAGCCGCGAGCCCCAGGAGAGGGCAGCCAGCCCAGGCAGCGGAGGCAGAAGAAGCAGAGCCCAGGUGAUCAUGGCAAGAUGGAGCCUUUGUCUACCAGGGCCACUCCAAGCACCCAGCUGCAUACAAGUGGACUGGCUGUGGCCUGA